AAUUUAUUCGUAAUUAUUAUAAUACAGAAUUUAAAGUAUGAGCUUUGAUUACAGUGUUAAACAACUCUUUAACAGCUAGCAUUAGGCAAGGGCUUUGUUUCCUGCAGGAGUGCAGUAUCUGUGAAAGGGUACAGUAGACAAAUGCAGGCAGUAGAGACUUGGAGGAGCAUAGCUGCCUGAGCAGCAAGCAAGACAGCAGAAAAGGCAAGGACAACGCCUCAGGUGUGAAGGCUAUUAUGGCCAAAUUCAACUGUGAAGGCAGCCAGCCUAAAAUCGCAGACCAUCCUCCUGUCUCUUCACUACAACCCAAAAAAGCUGCACUUGAAAAACUAAGAGCUCCAAAGACAGAGAACAGCCUUCAAGGAAAUCCAUCUAAAAAUAUACAACCAAAGCCAUUGUUUCCAAAGGGAUCUUGUAAGUCACUUCCUGGUGAAAAAAAUCUCAAGGAACCUUUUCCAAAACCUAAGCCUGCAAUAAAUAAAUUUAACAACAUUAAUACUCAAAAUGAAGGCAAAGUUGUUUUUCCUAAAUCGCAGUUUAAUGGUAAACCUUCAGAGGUGCAGAAGGAUAAUGAACCAAAACCCAUGUUUCCAAAGCCACUUGUACCUAAGCCGACAACCAACCUGAACCAGCCAGAAAAAGAGCAAAAAUCGUUGUUUCUGAAACCUCCCUCUGUGUCCAAGCCACCGUGGGUCACAGAAAACUCUCAGAACAAUGACAGCAAUACAAAAAGCACCAUUCCUCCCAAACCCCCUUCUGCCCUCAAACCAAAGCCAGGCUCAUUCAAGGUCCACAAAGAACAAUCGAAGGAUAGCAGUGUGACAGAAUCCACGCCAAAGGCCUUCCCAGGGGUUAUCCUUAAACCAGCAGGUUCAAAGAGUAGGGAUCCUGUUACAAAUGAAAGCAGAGAUUCAAAAUUCAAUGACAACAAAAAGGAAGAAGCAUCAACAAGCAGCAACAAACCCAUACACCCUCAGGAAGCUUUUCUUUCAAAAGUAAACCAGAAAUAUGGGGGGCCCCCUCCAGGUCCUAAGUUUAUAUCGAAAAAACCCGGCUUUCAGGAAACAGGCAGCACCAGCGAAGAGAAAAAGGACCCAUCUACUCCUAAACGAAAUACUUUGCCUAAUAUAUUUGCACUGGGGAGCCCACCGGCAAAACCAAACAGACCCCCAAAUGUUAACUUGGAGAAAUUCAAAAAGGGAGCAGAGUUCACCAGUGCUGUGCCUAACCUUGGUAUAAACAACCCUAUAGCUCCUUCUCCACCUCCCUCACACCCAGGGGUCCAAGCGGCACCCUCGCUGCCUCCCGGAACGCCUCUGCCAAGUCUGCCUCGGCAUCAUCCUGGUGCAGUCGUACAACCUGACCCAGAUGAAAUGUAUGAUGAUGUGGGUACGUCCAGCCCACCACCAUUACCUGCUGGGAAGCCAAGAGAUGGCUAUCCUGGCAAUAAUGAGGAUGAUGCCAUUGAUGAAGAGAUGUAUGAGGAUCUGGAGGAACGCUGGUCUGUGAAAGAAUCAAAAGACGAAAAGAAACGAGAGAAAGAGGAGAAGAAACGCUUGGAACAGGAGAAAAAGGAACAGAAGGAGAAGGAAAGAAAGGAAAAUGGUUUAAAAAAACGAUUUAAGUUGCCAUGCCCAAUUGAAGUAAUUCAUAAAGUGAAAGCUAGAGUGGACUACAAGGGAGCAAAGAACGAACUGACUGUAAAGCAAGGAGAAAUCAUCGAUAUAAUCCGCAUUGCCGAAAACCCUGAAGGGAAGUGGCUUGGCAGAACAGCGGACGGGUCAUAUGGCUACAUUAAGACAGUGUCAGUGGAGAUUGACUAUGACACUUUGAAAAGGCAACAGAAGACUGCCUUGCUCUCUUCCUCUCAGAGACAUGUCACAGAGCAAGAUCAAGAUGUUUAUGAUGAUGUUGGACAGGAAGAUGAUGUUAUCAGGCAUGACCCUGGUGCUGGAGUUGUAUUACCUCCGCCUCCUGGAGAAGAUGGUAUUUAUAAUGAUGUGGAUGAUCCCGGCUUGAACGUAAGUUCUGCCUCACAGGAAGAACCAAAGCCCAGCUCCUGGUCCUGGGGGCUGCUGAAGAUACUAAAAGGCAAAGAUGACAAAAAGGAAAAUGUAGAAGAACAUUUAAUACCUCCACCGACUGAGUUUUCAAAAGAUAAAGCACCAGCACCAACAGAUGAGAUCUAUGAUGAUGUGGAAUCACAUGAUCUCCCUCCACCCACACCACCAUCCAGUCUCUUGAAGUUGAAAGCUGAUCCCAAAAAGCAGAAGAAAUUUGAAAGAGAGGAGAAGGAGUUCAGGAAAAAGUUCAAAUAUGAUGGAGAAAUCCAGGUUCUACACCAGGUGACAGUGGUACCCACAGUGACAAACAAGAAGUGGGGAGGCAAAGACUUACCCCUGAAGCCUGGGGAGGUGCUCGAUGUUAUACAAAAGGCAGUAGACAACAAAAUGAUUUGCAGGAAUGACGAAGGCAAAUUUGGUUACGUUUUAAACAACAAUAUAAUCGUGGAUGAUGCUGAUAUAUAUGAUGACAUCGGAGAAGGUUGCAUCUAUGAUAAUGACUGAACAUCAUUCAAGAGAUAUGUGUUAGCUACUGUAUGCCUUUGUGUGAACAUUCAAGCUUUAUCAAUGCUUGCAUCAAUGAGUUAAGCCAUGUACAGUAUAUAAUGUGUGCUAAUGCUCACACACCUCAUAGAUUGUACAGAGAAUAAUAUGAGGGUUAGCACCUUGCAUAGUACCCUGUAAAUUUGAACAGGCAUUAUUAUUAUUAUUAUUAUUAUUAUUAUUAUUAUUAUUAUUAUUAUUUUGUAUUUUUAAUGUAACUGCUUUUUUUUUUAAUGACUUUCCAAUGCCUGUAGUAUGGGGGAGAAAUCCAUUCUGAACUAACAUUUCCUGAGAAUUUAACUUAUUAGUAUUACCAAUAACUUUUUUUUUUUUUAUUGCACUAAUGAAAUUCCAGUGAAUUAGCUGUUAUACCUGUAGUGAAUUUAUUACGUAUCUGUGACCAUUUUUAGUUAUCGUCAUAACUAGGAAAUAGCUUCAAUAUAUGAGUUAUUUGAUUUUUGUUUUCAAUUAUAAUGGUAAUACUGUACCUGUACCUAUACCAUUGUAUCACAAUCAUUUUACUAGUUUGCAUUUUACUAGGUCAUCCUAUGAGGUGUUCUAGGAAUCAUUAAGCAUUGAAGGUCUUAUUCAGUAUGUUUAUUCUCAUUAGAUCUUAUUACUAUAUUCACAGAAUGUAAAUAGCUGUAUUU